UUCAAAAAUUUAAGUUUGAAUUAUAAAAAUUGCAUAGAUUAGUAAAAUGGAGGAAAGAGUUUUGAGCCUUGAGCACGAAGGAAUUGUGAUGGAGAGGGAGGAAUUGAUGAGAAAGAAGGUUUUUCAUCAAACAGUCGACAAUUUUACUGGGUUGCUCUUAUAUAGUAGUCCGGAGACUUUACAAUUAAGUAUGCGUAAUUAUGCGUUUUUUAAAAAGAUAAAAGGCUUAACUAUUCCUAAUAUUAUUUAUUUUUAUACUUCGAGAGAAGGAACUAGGAGAAAAGAAAUUCAAAUGAAUUUGGCCUAAUAUUUUCCGCAUAAAAUAAGCGAUUUGAUGAUAUUAGGAGAAGAGUUAUGUUCUUGAUCUAAUUCUUUCCUGGAUUUGAUCAAAAUUGCUUCUAGAGUUGAAUUUGGAAUUAAUCUAAAUAAUAUGGCAAUCAAUUUAUCACAACUCAAGAGACUUUUAGUUGCCUUUAAGCAUUUCAAAAAAUUGAAUCUCGACAAAUGAAAGCUCUCAAUUCCUAAACUCUUUGAUUUCUCAGAGGCUCUAAAAGGCACCAAGCUUAAGAGAUUAUUUUUUGAAAAUGUAGGCUAGUUUGUAGAAGCAAUUGGAAGAAAAACAGACAUGAGUUUGGAAACUUAAUCAGAAGUUUGUGCCCUUCAAGAGAUUUGGAAUCAAGUUUGCAGUAUAUAUAUGAUCAGAAUUGUAGACUAGACAUGGUCUUCGUUAGGAAAAUUUUAGUAGAGAGUGGAUUAGGACAUAUUCGGUUCUAUUAAGUUAAUUAGUAACUUUCAAUAUC